UCUUCGCCCUGAUCGGCUGCAGACUGUCCAUAUGGCGGCUGUGAGGACUGUGAACAAGAUGUUUGGAGUUUGCUUCCAUGCUGCUCGUCAGACGACAGGACUGAAGGCAUCGAGACUGCUUCAACACAGAGCCUUCAGAGUCUGCGCUGUGCACCGUCAGCAACCAUUUGACUCAACACUGGAAAAGCCACAAUUCCCUGGAGCCUCAGCCGAGUUUGUGGAUCAGCUCGAGUUCAUCCAGCCCAAUGUCAUCUCUGGGAUCCCAGUGUACCGGGUGAUGGACAGGCAGGGCAACAUCAUCAACCCUUCUCAAGACCCUCAGCUCUCCAAAGAGACAGUUUUGAACUUUUAUCAGAAGAUGACUCUGCUCAACACAAUGGACCGUAUUCUUUACGAGUCACAGAGACAGGGUCGGAUCUCCUUCUACAUGACCAACUAUGGUGAGGAAGGGACACAUAUUGGUAGCGCUGCUGCCCUUGACCCAAGCGACAUAGUCUUCGGUCAAUACAGAGAAGCUGGAGUGCUGAUGUACCGCGGUUUCCCUCUGGACAUGUUCAUGGCUCAGUGCUACGCCAACGCCGAUGACCUCGGCAAGGGCAGGCAGAUGCCUGUACACUAUGGCUCCAAAGAUCUGAACUUCGUCACCAUCUCCUCUCCUCUGGCCACUCAGAUUCCUCAGGCGGCGGGAGCUGCAUACGCCGUGAAGAGAGAGAACAUGAACCGCGCUGUGAUCUGUUACUUCGGCGAGGGCGCAGCCAGCGAAGGGGACGCGCACGCCGGCUUCAACUUCUCUGCCACCCUGGAGUGCCCACUGAUAUUCUUCUGUCGGAACAACGGCUACGCCAUCUCCACGCCCACCAACGAGCAGUAUAGGGGCGACGGCAUCGCCGCUCGUGGUCCAGGGUAUGGCAUGCUGUCCAUCCGCGUCGAUGGUAACGAUGUGUUUGCCGUGUACAAUGCUACAAAGGAGGCGCGCCGCAGAGCCGUGGCCGAGAACCAGCCCUUCCUCAUUGAAGCGAUGACCUACAGAAUUGGACACCACAGCACCAGUGACGACAGCUCGGCUUACCGUUCGGUGGACGAGGUGAACUACUGGGACAAGCAGGACCAUCCCAUCUCCAGGCUGAGACAUUACAUGACGGCCCGUGGCUGGUGGAGCGAGGACGACGAGAGGAGCUGGCGGAAGCAGUCUCGCAAGACGGUGAUGGAGGCAUUCGAGAAGGCCGAGAAACGUCUCAAGCCCAAUCCAGAGCUGAUGUUUACCGACGUGUACCAGGAGAUGACGCCCAAUCUGAACAAGCAGAGAGAUUCCAUGUGGAGGCACGUGCAGCAGUACAAAGAGCACUACCCACUUGACCAGUUUGAGAAAUAACUGCAUUCACAGGAUUGAAAGAGUUGUGAUUUGGUGACCUAAUGUGGGUGGGAUUGAGAAUGGAUAAACUGUUGCACACUUUUACUGUAUUCAUACUAAUAUAGAUUUGAUAUGACUUCUCCCUCAAUUCUUUGGAGAGGAGAAAAGAUUGUGCUUUCAAAAACUAUUGUACUUCAUGCCUAUGGGUUUGGUGCCUUAAGUUAAUAGAUUUACUGUCGGUAGUCAAGCCCCCCUAUAAAUGCUGAAUCACAUUUGUAUAACAGUUAUUACAAGGUCACCAAUGUUUUUUUAAAGUGUAGCAAAAAUAGCUGGUGCAGUUUGAAUGCAAGAGAGACAUAGAAAUCGAGCAAUAAAAGUAGAAGUUUGCCCUUGUGUAUGUUCCCUCUUCCUGUAACUGUCCUCUACAGUGGUUAGGGUAUUGAACAGGUUUCUUUGUGUUGUAUUGAGGUGGCUUAAUAACUUGUGCUAUAGAACUUUCCUAUUUAAAUGGAUUUAGUAUACACGCCCAAAUUUGAGAUGGGUCUGUACACUCAUGUUACAUCUUUGGUGUUUUGUUGAAAAUAAACAAUGGAACUUUCAA